UUCAACAAUGGUGGAUCAUCAAACAGUUUGUUGUAUGUGCGGUGACGUUGGAUUUCCUGAUAAGAUCUUCCACUGCAACAGAUGCCGUUAUCGCUUUCAACAUUCGUAUUGUAGUAACUACUACAAUGAAUCGUCGGAGAAGAUCGAAAUGUGUGAUUGGUGCCAGAGCGAAGAGAGAAGCGGAAAGCAUGGAGGUGGGAUGUCUUCCUCAAGGAGGUCAGUUGCAGGACAGGAUGGUACUGGUGUGUCCAUCCACAUGAACAUGAACAUGAACAGGUCGUCGGAGUAUAGCGGAGGGGGGAGGAUAAAGCAGCAGCAGAACGAAAGAGAAGACACCACCACCACCACCACCGACAAAGCUGGGAAGAGCACGAGUAGUGGUACUACUACAGCACCUUCGCCGAGGCACAGUGGACGGAGAUACAAGCUUCUCAAGGAUGUAAUGUGUUGAUCAGAUACUUGUGUUAACGUGUGUGCAUGUCAGUGAGCUUUAAAUUAUAAAUUAUA